UUGGUGAGUACAGUAUCUGUACCUGUACGUAUUUCCAAAUUUUGAAUAUUUCGCGCCUAUUUUGUAUUGAUUAGUUCAACAGUUAGUGCAGUGAUUUUGGAUAGAGGGGGCAAUGGUCGUCCAUAAAUUCUCACGCGUGUUCGCAGGCGGCUUGCACAAACUAUUAUCACACCAAAGUCACAGUUUGCGGUGUUUUUCGUCCUCCGGCAUUUGUUUCAAUAUGGCCUAUUCUGUUGUUGAAAGAGGAUCUCCUUACUCUCCAGACUACAGAGUUUACAUCCAAAAUCAAAACGGACCAAUUUCGCCACUUCACGAUGUCCCUUUGGUGGUGGACAGCACCAAAAAAAUUUUCAACAUGAUUGUGGAGGUCCCCAGGUGGACCAAUGCCAAGAUGGAGAUUACUAUGAAGGAGAUCUUGAACCCCAUCAAGCAAGAUGUGAAGAAGGGUAAGCCCAGGUUUGUUGCCAAUUGUUUUCCGCACCAUGGUUACAUUUGGAACUAUGGGGCUUUGCCCCAAACUUGGGAAAACCCCGAGCAUCUUGAUGAUGGUACAGGAUGCAAGGGGGACAACGAUCCCAUAGAUGUUAUUGAAAUAGGGUACAGGGUUGCGAAACGGGGGGAAGUCCUUCAGGUGAAAAUUUUAGGAACCAUUGCGUUAAUUGACGAAGGAGAAACAGACUGGAAAUUAAUUGCUAUAGAUGUUAAGGAUCCUUUAGCCGAUCAAGUGAAUGAUGUUAGUGAUGUAGAGAAACAUUUCCCUGGUCUUUUGAAAGCCUCAGUUGAAUGGUUUAAAAUCUAUAAAAUUCCAGAUGGUAAACCUGAAAAUCAGUUCGCUUUUAAUGGCGAAGCGAAACCGGCGAGUUUUGCGCUGAAAGUGGUAGAUGAGGUACACCGUUUCUGGAAAGCUUUGGUCAAUAAAGAAGUUGAUGCCAAGGGCAUUUCCUGUGUCAACACUACUAUUGAGGGCAAUCCAUUCAAAAUAUCAGUCAGUGAGGCUAAAGACGUGAUUAACAAAACUCCAGUUUAUUCGCAACCGCAAAAGGUCGAACCUAUUGUGGAUAAAUGGCAUUACGUCCAUUUAAAAUAAAGAAGAUAUUAAAAAUUGUUACACCCGUGCAUUUAUUGUUUCUAUUUUUUUUCUAAGGGUAAGAGUGUAGCGCAUGGUGUUUUUGCUUAUAAGAAAUAAAUUAUAAUUUAUAUAAAAA